UUGCAGCUGGAAACGGGAUCACAAAUUCACAAUGACUGGAGAAGGAAAACUUCCGCCAUCGCCGCCGGUGGCAAAUGCUCAACUCUUCGGCCUGUUAACAGAUCUUCUCCAGCAGGUUGAGUCACUCUCUAAUCAAGAGGAGGUGGAGUUACGCGCCAAGAUACAUGCCCUAGGGCAGGAAGUCACAAAAGUUCCUUCAAAAUCAGCACCUCAUCUUGAUGAGAUGGAGAUUGCCAAGGAGUUGGAUAAGCUAUCAUCAAAGCUGGAUGAUGUAGAAGAGAUGGUUUCCUCAGCGGGCCCUCAGGUCAUGUCUCUCUUAAGCACAACUUCUGAUCUAUGGAUGCCUGUUAUGACUGCCGGUGCCGAUGAGGGUAUGAGCUUCACGGAGACUGUUCGUGAUGAGAAUCAUAACGUUAAUGGGAAAGAAUCCAAGUAGCUUGUUAGAAUGUUAUUGUUUUGUUAGUUUAUUUAGUCCAUGCUUUACACGAAGUUUAAAAAAUUGUCAAUAAUGACUCUUUUAUAUCCGUUGGCUAUGAACCUUGUUUUUCUUUUCUUAAUAAAUGGUCUUAAUUUAA